UAAGCGAAUGCGAAGGAAGAAAAACUGUUUAUGUUGUGGUUGUGGCGGAGAUCAACUUCACUUUGAACGUCUCACAGAUUGGCUAUGGCUGAUGCGAAAUGUGAUAACGAUGCGAUUGAAGAUCAGCCUAAAAUUCAGUUUAAGCCUAAGAAAAGAAAACCCAUGAGACAGAGAGAGGUCGAACCUGACAAUGAAAGCAAUGAUGAAGCUGAAGUUGACUUAUCAAAGUUGGAAGAGAUGAAGACUGUUCAGAAGCUUAGGAAACGUCCUAAUGGUGUGAGCAUUGUAAGCCUCGCUAUUGGUGAAAAAGUUUCAGUUGAAGAAGAGGAUCUGAUUAGCGAUCCCUUUAAAGUAAAGAGUGGAGGAAUGGUAAACAUGAAAGCACUUAAAAGUGGGAGUGUUAAGCAAAGUGAUGAUGCUUAUGAUGUGGGUAUUGGCACACAAUUCUCAGCAGAAACCAAUAAAAGGGAUGAAGAUGAAGAAAUGAUGAAAUAUAUUGAAGAACAGCUGGCCAAAAAGAAAUGUAAAACUAAGGAUGAAAAAGAAGAAGGUCAGGAUGAUAGCUCUAAAUAUCUUUCACCUGAAGAGGCUGCGCUUCAGGCUGUACCUGAACAUUUAAGAGCAUCUACCACCCGCCGCUCUGAAGAGAUGUUAUCGAAUCAAAUGUUGAGUGGAAUUCCUGAAGUUGACCUUGGUAUUGAUGCCAAAAUUCGUAAUAUUGAGGCAACUGAGGAAGCCAAAUUAAAGUUGCUGUGGGAACGCCACAAUAAAAAAGAUGGGCCAUCUCAUUUUGUUCCCACUAACAUGGCAGUUAAUUUUGUUCAACACAACAGAUUUAAUAUUGAAGAGUCGGGACCACCCAAAAAACGUAGAAAUGAUGUUGUUCCUGAAAAACGCAAGCAAGGCACAGCCAGUGGAAGUGGUACUAGCAAAGAUGGUGAUGAGAAAGCCGGGGGUAAAGCUACUGAUGACUAUCACUAUGAGAGAUUUAAGAAACAAUUUAGAAGGUAUUAAACAUUUGUUGUAAAUAAAUAACACCAACCAUGUAUGUAUUGUUUAUGUUUGUAAAUUAAAUGUAUAUAUUUCAAAGAUUUCA